CUGCUCGGAGCCCUGACGCGCGGUGCACUCUCAUGGCCGUGGUUGUCGUGCCCCUCGGCCUGGCGGACGCCUUCAUCGGGGCGCUCCCGGUCAGCUCCUCGCUGCUGCUGCGAGGCGCUUCCAGAGGAGAAGGCGGCGGUCGACUUCCUGCUGGUGGAGGAUGCCCGCGGCGUCCAGUGGAUGCGCGGCGGCGGGUGCCCCGUGAUGGGGGUCAUGUGUCCUCCUGCACGGCCAGCUCCCCUUGGAGCAGCUCGCCGGCGAGGUGGCCCGUUGCGGGCGCUGGGGCGCCGCGGUGGAGCUGUGGCGCGAGUGGAGAGGAGAGAACGCCCCGAGGCAGCCGCGGACGAGCUGGUCUUCCGCGCCACCGCCCUCCGACAGGAGAGGGCCUGCCCGCGAACGCCCCCCAAGUCAACGACAUUGCGCGGGGCGUGGCGGCUGGGGUCUGCCGCCGCUGGGGCUGGGGCGUGGACAUGAAGAGCUUCGACAUCGAGGUGUGCGCGGUGUGGCUGGCCGACGCUCUGCUGGUGGCCGUGCCGCUCACCGUGGGCUGGUGCGCUUGCUCCAAGGGCGGCUUCUUCCCGCCGGAGGCGCCGAGGUACAUGGCUCCUAUCACCGACGGGCUCCUGCAGCUGCGCAGCAGUGUGUGCUACAGCUUAUUGCUUAAGGAGGGCUGA